AUGUCCAUGGAUAAAAUCGAUACUAAUAAUACUCAAUUGAAAGCAGAUGGAACGUGUGCCGUGGUCGCAUUUUCUGGCUUUUCAAAAAAAGGUUAUGCUUGUUACAAUCCACAAAAGAAAAACCAGGAUGCCAUGGUAAUUCAAUACGAUUUCGAGUCCCAAACGCUCUUAUUGGGUGUCUUUGACGGUCAUGGAGAAGCUGGGGAUGCUGUUGCAAUGUUAAUGCAAGAUCGGUUUGCACUGGAGCUCUUUGCCCAUGCGAAAUUUCACCGAUCCGGAAAUCUCGAGCAGGAUGCGAAACAGUUGAAAAUUGCUAUUGCAGACACGUUGGAAUCGAUGGAACAGGUUGUUUUAAGGGAUUCGAGGAUUCAGACGGAAUUUAGUGGCACAACGGCACUUGUGAGUGUCGUACGUGACCAUCUCGUUGUUAGUGGUAACGUUGGGGAUUCACGAAUCGUUCGUGGCUUUGUGAAAAUGUUGGGCUUAGCAGGUCCUGCAGUUCUUGAAAGUCAAGAAAUGUCGAUUGAUCACAAACCAGAUCGACCGGAUGAAAAAGCACGGAUUCUUGCUAGUGGUGGACGAGUGUUUCCAGUCGAGUACGACGAUGGUAUUGAUGGUCCUUCUCGUGUUUGGUUGGGACAUAGGGAUGUUCCAGGUCUAGCCAUGUCACGAUCACUGGGUGAUACCGUUGCACACACUGCUGGAGUGUUGUCGGAACCAGAGUUUACCUCGCGCUGGCUGGAUGAAAGUGACCGAUGUCUUAUUGUAGCAACGGAUGGGUUGUGGGAGUUUAUGUCGAAUGAAGAAUGCAUGGAGAUGGCCAUGGGACAGCGAGAUCCCAAAGUGGCUGUGAAUUUGUUAAUCAAGGAAGCCAAUCGGCGCUGGAUGAAAGAGGAGCAAGUUAUUGACGAUAUCACGAUCAUUGUGGCGUAUGUCGAUACUGUUGGGUCGAAAGAAGGCGUCAAGGUUGUCGAAUAA